GAAGAGGGAAAGGUGGAGGAACGAGAAGAAGAAGCUCUACUAUGCUUCAAGGCACAUUUAUUUACCAUUGUGCCAUUGCGUUUAUUACCUGCACCUUCCCUUUUCAUCCUCCUCUUCAGUCUUCCCUGCCCUACCCUCUAUAUAUAUAUGAUUAAAUUAAAUAUUUUUUACACACACAUCCAUCCCUCUUGCAGUACAAGCCAUACAAAUUUAGUUAUUGAAGCCUCUUCAAUCAACCCCUUCUUCUUCUUCUUCUUCGGUUUUUAGUUCUUUAUUCUCUGCUACUCAAUUCAAGCCGCUUACGGUAGUUUUAAGCUCAAUGCAUCCUCCUUUUCUUCUCUCUCAUUUUAUCAAUUCAAUCCUUCGAUCUCUUGCUCUCUUUUAAGCUUCGUAACUCCGCUCAAGUCCUAUUUACCUCGCAUUGAAGCCGCUUGUUUUUCUGGCCGCCGUUCAUUUUUCAUCUCACCGCAUUUUGAAUGCAGCUGGUGUUUCGAUUGAGUAUUAAUAUUUGGCAUCUCUUUUCUAUAGAAGGAAAAAGAAAUUUUAACACGUCAAAAUGCGAGUGAAAGAAAUGCAUCCUUUGUGCUGUAUUUCCCUCGAAAGUCCCGGCGUCGGGAACCAAUCACCGGAUGCGCCCCUUUCGAGAACCAGAAGUUUACCGGCGAGUUUCAAGGCUGCUGGAUCUGAUGGCAAUGCCAGUGGACGGGCUCAUGGAUCGGUCACCACGGUGGCCGGCAUACUUUACAAGUGGACUAAUUAUGGUAAAGGAUGGAGAUCCCGAUGGUUUCUGUUGAGGAAUGGCGUGCUUUCUUACUCCAAGAUCCGAUGGCCGGAGAACCUCAAUCUCCUAACGCCCGGCGAAGACGUCAAGGUGAUUGGCGAAAUUUCCACUAAUCGACUGGCAAGGAUAGACAACAGCGGGAGUAACAUGAGACGGAAGCACUGUAAAACAGCGUCUGGCGUAGUCCAUCUCAAGAUCUCGUCAUUUAGAGAGAGCAAGUCAGAUGAUCGCCGCUUCUAUAUAUUUACAGCAACGAAGACUCUCCAUCUGAGAACUGAUUCGAGGAGAGAUAGGGUGGCAUGGGUACAGGCUUUAGUCUCAACUCGUAGCCUCUAUCCACUUGGACCGCUCAAUGAUAACCUCUCUCUUGUACCCAACGAUAUAUCUAUAUCAACCGAGAGGCUUAGAAAACGCUUGCUUGAAGAGGGAACCACUCAGAACCUUGUGAGGGAGUGCGAACAAAUCAUGCUCUCAGAGUUCUCAGAAAUUCAAGGCCAGCUUAAAAUUCUUUGUGAAGAACGGUCCAAUUUGCUCGAUACCAUAAGGCAGUUGGAGGCAGCUAAUAUUGAAACUGACGCCACUGGAAUCCAUGAUGGUGAAUAUCAAUUAACAAAGCAUGAAAUUUCCAGUAUAGGACGUGGAAAAUAUAGCGAGUGCAGUACAACUGAAUCAUCCGAUGAUAUUGAGAGACAGGAUAUGGAGGAAGUGUCAGAUGAAGAUGAGAUCUCAUUUUAUGAUACUACAGAGUACUUUACAGAACCCAGUGAUAGUAGGGGGUCAAAGAGAGAUCUAGCUGAGGGGAACAAACCCGGGGAUUCUCUCUUGAAAUGUAUUGAUGUGGAGAAAACUCAGCCAGAGAUAGCAGCAUAUAAUUCUAGGAAUCCUCAGAUAAAAAGACGAAAGAAGCUUCCAGAUCCUGUAGAGAAAGAGAAAGGUGUUAGCCUUUGGUCAAUAAUCAAGGACAACGUGGGCAAGGAUCUCACUCGAGUUUGUCUUCCUGUAUACUUUAAUGAGCCUAUAUCAUCUCUACAGAAAUGUUGUGAGGACUUGGAGUACUCUUAUCUUUUGGAUCAAGCUUAUGAGCAUGGAAAAUCAGGAAACAGUCUCCUCCGGGCAUUGAAUGUUGCUGCAUUUGCGGUUUCGGGAUAUGCAUCAUCUGAAGGUCGUCAUUGUAAACCCUUUAAUCCUUUGUUAGGGGAAACAUAUGAAGCUUAUUAUCCUGAGAAAGGAAUUCGCUUCUUUUCUGAGAAGGUUAGUCACCAUCCAACUCUCAUUGCCUGCCACUGUGAAGGUAGUGGAUGGAAGUUUUGGGGUGACAGUAACAUCCGUUCAAAGUUUUGGGGAAGGUCAAUUCAGCUUGAUCCAGUAGGAGUUUUGACCCUAGAGUUUGAAGAUGGUGAAAUAUUUCAGUGGAGCAAGGUCACUACAACAAUUUAUAAUCUUAUCCUUGGCAAAAUAUACUGUGACCAUCAUGGGAGCAUGGACAUACGCGGUAAUCGCCAAUACUCAUGUAUACUCAAAUUCAAAGAACGGUCAAUUCUUGACCGAAAUCCCCAUCAGGUACUUGGAUUCAUUGAAGAUGCUUCGGGGAAAAAAGCGGCUUCAUUAUUUGGCAAAUGGGAUGACAGCAUGUCUUACAGUAUUGGUGAUGUGAAUGUGAUGCCGAAAGAUUCCAGUUCAUCAGAUGCAUCUUUGUUGUGGAAAAGGACUAAGCCUCCCACCAACCUGACGCGGUACAAUAUGACAUCUUUUGCCAUCACAUUGAAUGAGCUUACGCCAGGACUGAAGGAGAAACUCCCACCCACGGAUUCUAGGCUCAGACCGGAUCAGCGGUAUCUAGAAAAUGGGGAAUACGAAAAGGCUAAUUCAGAGAAACUAAGGUUGGAAAGGAGGCAAAGAAUGUCUAGGAAAAUGCAAGAGAAUGGCUGGAAGCCAAGAUGGUUCCGAAGAGAAGGAGAAAAUGGAACAUUUCGCUAUGUAGGCGGGUAUUGGGAAGCCAGAGAGCGAGGAAUAUGGGAUGGGUGCCCAAACAUAUUUGAUGAAGUUAAUGAAGACUUCGUAAAUCCUUUAAAUGCAUCUUGAUUUUAAUUCAGAGUUGAGAUAGCGAUAAGAUAUGGAAAUUAGGCAGCAGAGCUUUAUCUUGAAAGUUGUAGCAUGUAUGGUUAUUUUGGGAGUUGUGAAAACGUGAACGUAGGUCCACUUUCAGUUCUGAUUACCUGAUUGGAGUGAAUGGCUUCGUAGAUUUUCCAUUCCAACGACAUAAAGUGAUGGAGAAAAGAAAACGUUCGGGCAUCAUUUCCUAGAUUUGCCUUGUGAAUUCGAAGAAAACUUCAAUCGACCAAUCGCCUAGGGAAGGUAGUAGUGGUAGACGUGUCAUUUUCAUUUCUUGUCCUGAUAUAGACUAGGCUUUUCAGAGUCUGUGAUGGAGUCGAAAUCCCUAUUGAUUUGGCCCAAAAAGAAGCAAGGGGGAAAAAAUCCCAAAUUGAGGCUGCAGGCUGGUAUUUGAUUUUGAUGAGCAUGUGAGUAAAUUAUUCAGCUAGAUCAGGGUGCAAUCUGUGUAAGAUUGUCACAAUAGGGUUUUACUUUUCUAUAUAUAUGUAAUUACUGGUAUCAGCUUCAAAAGGGAUGUAGAUUUGUUACAUUAUUGUUAAUAUUUUUAUGAAAUAAAUGGAAAACGCUAAUUAUCCUUGGAA